AUGCCUCAUCUCGCAGCUCAAGUCCCCGCCGCCAAGGCGCCUCUCCAAGUCAGAGAAAUUGAAACCCCCCAGCCUGGCCCUCAUGAGCUCCUCGUCAAGAACCAGAUCAUCGCUCUCCAGCCUGUCGACGCCAAAAUUGCAAAGGUCGCCAUGCUUCCUAUCCCCUACCCCGCUGUUCUCGGCAGUUCAUUCGCUGGCACCGUUGAGCAGAUUGGAGAUGAAGUCACUGGCUUCCAGGUCGGCGACAGGGUCAUUGGGAUGAAGACUGCUGGUGCCGCUGAUAACAAGUACAGCGCUUACCAAGAAUACUCCAUCUCGACUGAGAACACUACAACCAAGGUGUCAGACGAUGAGACGCUUGACCUCGCAGUCCGCUUGGUAGGCAACCUUCCCACGCUGCCCGCCAUUUUCAACUAUUCCCUGAAGCUAGAGCGACCUGUGCUUGGUGAGGAGCCUAAGCCUCAGGGAAAGCGAAUCUUUGUCUACGGUGGAACCUCUAGCAUUGGUAGCCUGGCAGUUCAAUACCUCAUCCAGGCUGGCUACGAGGUCGUCACCACUUUCUCCCCCAAGCACAAAGACUUUGUUUCCAGGCUCGGCGCGAUCAAGAUCGUCGACCACACUCAAGACUCUGAGGCACUCGUCAAAGAGCUCACUGCCGCUGGCCCUUACGAUAUCGUUUUCGACACAAUUUCAACCGGGGACACCGUCAAGCUCAACGCAGAGGUUGUCGCAGCCCAAGGCGGCGAUUCAGUUUAUGCCCUUCAGCCACCCUUUGGCCCUGAGACACUACCCGCUGGUAUUACCCGCAAGUUUGAGGGGUGGUCUCUGCUACUGGGCAAGGAGGAGAAUGAGGAGCUGUUGAAGUGGACUUUCCAGACAUACUUCACUCAAGCUCUUGCCAAGAACAAGUUGAUUUCUGUGCCAGCGAGAAAGAUUCCUGGUGGGCUUAGUGGAUUGAACGAUGGUUUGGAUUUGUUGUUCUCCAAGAGUGUUAGCAGCGAGAAGGUGAUUGUCGAUCUUCGCGAUUAA